AUGUCUGGUGGCCCAGGGUUUAAUUUCAACAGCCAACCAGACCUGGUUGCGAGCAACGCAGCUGCUAUUGCCCAGGAAGUAGGAUGUGGCAUUCGAAAAUAUAUGGAGUCACUGGAUUGCCUUCGAGAUUAUGGUGCUUGGUACGUGAUGCCGACCACUACGACAGACGAAGAAGUUCUUGGGAGUUUCGGACUGUGGUUGCACAAGCUUUCAGAACCCACGAGAGAGAAGCUCCUACAUCUGUAUCCUCUGGAGGACUGCGAGCACAUGAUAAUUCAGAGCACAUGGGACAUAUCUCACCACAGUACCACCGAGCUGCACAGCUGA